AGUCCCAUGCUGCCUAUCGGCAGACGCGCAGACGCGGUGAAGCCGAGCCGAUUAGUCCGGGAGGCUGAGGGGCCGUGACUGGGUCGAGCUGUGUCUGGAGGGUCGCCUAGCGGGUUUGCGGCAAGGCGGAAGAAGGAAGUCGGCACCAUGUCUAGGCAAGCGAACCGUGGCACCGAGAGCAAGAAAAUGAGCUCUGAACUCUUCACCCUGACCUAUGGAGCUCUUGUCACCCAGCUAUGCAAAGACUAUGAAAAUGAUGAAGAUGUGAAUAAACAGCUGGACAAAAUGGGCUAUAACAUAGGAGUCCGACUGAUUGAAGAUUUCUUGGCACGGUCAAAUGUUGGGAGAUGCCAUGACUUUCGGGAAACUGCAGAUGUCAUCGCCAAGGUGGCAUUCAAGAUGUACUUGGGCAUCACUCCAAGCAUCACUAACUGGAGCCCGGCUGGUGACGAAUUCUCCCUCAUUUUGGAAAAUAACCCCUUGGUGGACUUUGUGGAACUUCCUGAUAACCACUCAUCCCUUAUUUAUUCCAAUCUCUUGUGUGGGGUAUUGCGGGGAGCCUUGGAGAUGGUCCAGAUGGCAGUGGAGGCCAAGUUUGUCCAGGACACCUUGAAAGGAGACGGUGUAACAGAAAUCCGGAUGAGGUUCAUCAGGAGGAUCGAAGACAAUCUCCCAGCUGGAGAGGAAUGACCAUCCCAGGACUUGAGAGUAGCCAGCAAGAGCACUUGUUGGAGUUGGAAAGGCUCAGUGCCCUCUGCCUCUCGAACUCAGUGACUCUAACAUGGAUGUAUAUAUUCUAACCUUGUUUCCAUUUUCCAUGCUAAUAAAGAGCAGACUGAUACAGUCUAUUUUCCCUACAAGUAUGCACAUUCAGAAGGGGAAUUCUUUGAUCCCUUUCCCUUAAAAUGGGCUGGAUGUGAUCAUCCUUGGUUGGACUAGGAAGAACUCAAAGCAUUUUACAUUCCUGUGUGAAUUUUCCAAAGCAUAACUACUUUGACCCCAUUAAGCGACAAGCCCGUGGGCUGGGGGUUUUUCUCAGUGGCACCACACCUGCCUUGCAAGUGUAAGAUCCUGAGUUUGAUCCCUGGUACCAAAAGAAAGACA